AUGGCAGAUAUUUCUACUGACCCUGUGGCUCAAUUGCACAAUGCUACGAGUGCCUUGACGGGCAAUGAGACUGCGGCAGCAAAUUUCAUUCUUUUUGCUGUAAACUAUGUGAAAUCGCUAUCAUACUUUAAGAUUUUCGUGUCGUUAAUGUGCGUCCUGUUAGUGUGGGAUCAAGUUUCCUACCAAAUAAAGAAAGGUUCCAUUGUGGGUCCCAAAUGGAAGUGGUAUCCGUUUAUUGGUCCUUUUCUAGAGUCGCUUGACCCUAAAUUUGAGGAAUAUAAGGCUAAAUGGUACUCAGGUGACUUGUCGUGUGUUUCCAUUUUUCACAAGUUUGUUAUUAUCGCAUCUUCUAGGGACUUGGCUAGGAAAAUUCUGCAAGCACCAAAGUACGUGAAGCCUUGUGUGGUGGACGUUGCGGUCAAGAUUCUGAGACCAUGCAACUGGGUUUUCCUCGACGGUAAGGCCCAUACGGACUACAGAAGAUCCUUGAAUGGUUUAUUUACUAAACCAGCCUUGGCACAAUAUUUGCCAUCUUUGGAGGCCUUGAUGGACAAGUAUAUGGAUAAGUUUGUUGAGAUCUCUAAGAAGAACAACUAUGAACCUCAAGUGUUUUUCCAUGAGAUGAGAGAAAUCUUGUGUGCCUUAUCCUUGAAGGCUUUUUGCGGAGACUACAUUACCGAAGACCAGGUCAGAAAGAUUGCUGAUGAUUACUACCUGGUCACUGCCGCACUAGAGUUGGUUAAUUUCCCCAUUAUUAUACCUUUCACUAAGACGUGGUACGGUAAGAAAACCGCUGAUGCAGCCAUGAAGGUCUUUGAGCAAUGUGCUCAGAUGGCAAAGGAUCAUAUCGCUGCCGCUGGCAAAUCUAUCUGUGUGAUGGAUGCUUGGGUGAAAUUGAUGCACGACGCCAAGCACAAGAACGAUGAAGAAUCAAGACUCUUCCACAGAGAAUUCACCAACAAAGAGAUUUCCGAAGCCAUUUUCACCUUCUUGUUCGCCUCGCAGGAUGCCUCGUCGUCGUUAGCCUGUUGGUUAUUCCAAAUUGUUGCUGACCGUCCUGAUGUCUUGCAGAAGAUCAGAGAAGAGCAAUUGGCAGUCCGUAAUAGUGAUAUGUCCACGGAAAUGAACAUUGACCUCAUUGAUAAAAUGACUUACACCAACAUGGUUGUUAAGGAGACUCUACGUUAUAGACCACCUGUGUUAAUGGUCCCUUAUGUCGUUAAGCAAAGCUUCCCCGUUACUGCUCAUUACACUGCACCAAAAGGUUCUAUGUUGAUACCAACUUUAUAUCCUGCUCUACAUGACCCAGAAGUUUACGAAAAUCCAGAUGAAUUUAUUCCAGAGAGAUGGGAAGAGGGAUCCCCUGCUAAUGCUGCAAAGAAAAACUGGUUGGUCUUUGGCUGCGGUCCACAUGUCUGUCUCGGUCAGACUUAUGUUAUGAUUACGUUCACGGCUUUGCUCGGUAAAUUCGCUCUUUAUACCGACUUCAAACAUAAGGUGACCCCAUUGAGUGAGAAAAUCAAAGUGUUUGCCACAAUUUUCCCGAAGGAUGACCUACUACUUUCCUUCAAAAGAAGAGACCCAUUGACCGGCCAGAUAGUCGAAUGA